AUGGCUACAAACAACAACAGAUCAAAUGUCUUCGAGGACUUGUUACCAAUGAUGGCCAACAAGCUAGGUGGUGAAGGUUUAAUAAAAGAGCUAUGCAACGGGUUUGACUUGUUGAUGGACAAAGAAAAAGGUGUGAUCACGUUAGAUAGCUUAAAGAAAAACGCUGCGGUUUUGGGUCUUCUGGACAUGAAAGAAGAUGAGCUUGUUAGCAUGAUGAAGGAAGGUGAUUUGGAUAGAGAUGGAGCACUGACACAGAUGGAGUUUUGUGUUUUGAUGUUUAGGUUGAGUCCGGAAUUGAUGGAAGAGUCUUUGUUUUGGCUUGAGGAAGCACUGCAACAUGAACUUGACAACAACAAUAAUUCUUUUUUCUAG